AUGCAGCGCGAGGGGGACAAGACGGACGCGCGGGAGCUCGACUUCUCAGGCAUCUACGUGCUGCUCGCGUUCGACGACUCGAUCCCCGAGCUCCGCGGUUGGAACCACCGGAUCGACGUCAAGUACGUGCUGGACCCCCAGAGCAACUCCGCCCGCGCCGCAUUCUCGGCUGUCUGGCACGCCAUCUAG